AUGGAUGCACAAAACCAGAUCAAAAGAAACCUGAAGAACAACUACAUCCUGAUAGAGUUCCUUAUGUUUGUGACAAGGACAGUUGUUUUGGCUUUUGCUAUCCACGAAAAUCCCUACUUGUCGAUUACAAAAGGAAUACAAGGUGCAUGGAUAAACACAAUCUUCAUUGACAUCACAAACAUCUUCCAGUUUAUAUUCAUAUUUGAUGUGAUUCAGCGUGAAAACAUAUUCCAGAUGCUAUUGUACAUUCCGAUAAUCAUGUAUGCAAUGCUGAUCAUACUUGCAACAAUUCUUAAUGCAGAGAUUAUUGAAUUCAAGACUGGGGCUGUGAACGGCAGGGCAAGGUUUUUGUAUGCGUACACAGGCAUUCUUGCGUUUGAGAUCUUGAUUCACAUCCCUGUGUAUAAGAAGCUAAAGGCAGGCUUUAUGUGGUCGAACUUCAAGAAGAUAGGUGCAGACCCAAAAAUGAAUGAAGCCUUCCAAAGAAGAGAGGAAUUGAAUGCAAUCAAGAAGCUUACAAUUGUGUUUGUGUGCUCAGAAGUUCUUGGAAUAUAUUUCAACAAGGUUGAUAUGAUCUUGUUCAAGCAGAUUAGCCUUGGUAUUAUUUUUAUAGUGAUGAUGCCUUUUCAGAAUGACGAAUAUGUGGCGCACCGGAUUGUUUUUCUGAUACUUUCUGGAAUUUUCUUUGUGGGUGGGAUAGUGAGUCUAGCGCUUGAUAUAGUGCAUUUCUUUGUUAACAACGUUACAAAACUAGAAUCAAUUGUGGACUCGUUGUUUUACAUGUUCAUCAUGUUUUUGUUGUUUAUUGGUGGGUUUCGAGAUUACAAGAUGUUUGGAAGUGGACUGAAGGAGUAUUACAAUGGGAUUACUACAAGUUCAAGGAAGAAACUGAUUUUGGAAAAAGAGCACGAUUUUGAAUAA